GUUUUUGAAUAUAGAGUCAACAGCACGUGAUACUGUUUGUCAUUGUUUUGCCGUUGUAACCGAGCGGAUGUUUACUCAGUGUCACUCGGAGAUAACCUUCGCCUCGACCGGUAAUGCAUUAACAAACUGUCAUCACUGAGUAAGAAUGAAGUGCUUUGUGGUGUUACUAGCCCUUUCGGCUGUCACAGCUGCAUGGCGAGGACCUUUCCGGAAGUUUUUAUCGAGUGGUGGUGACCUUACAAUUCCAGCAGAAGAAUGGGAAGAUGCUGGGAAACCCCUCUUCCUUACCCCCCUUUUGGAAGCUGGGAAAGUUAAGGAAGCAAGGUCGUUAAGUCGUGUUAGCAUGGGCCAUCGCCACGGGCACAGUUUCUCAGGCUAUUUCACCGUCAACAAAGAGUACAACUCCAACCUCUUCUUCUGGUUCUUCCCUUCGAGAUCCAAGCCAGAAAAUGCGCCAGUCUUGGUGUGGCUUCAAGGAGGGCCGGGUGGCUCGUCCCUCUUCGGACUCUUUGCCGAACACGGACCAUUCACCAUUGACCAGGACCUUCACAUCGUUCCCCGCAAGUAUCCCUGGACGAAGACCCACAAUGUCCUCUAUAUUGACAACCCCGUUGGGACAGGGUUCAGCUUCACAGAAAACGAUGCAGGCUAUGCCAGGAACCAGACAGACGUUGGCCGUGAUCUGUACGCAGCAGUUUUGCAGUUUUUCACCCUCUUCCCAGAAUUGCAACGGAAUAGCUUCUUUGUUACUGGAGAAUCAUAUGCUGGGAAGUAUGUUCCAGCUUUAACGUACACCAUUCAUAAGGAGAACCCAACGGCAAAAAUCAAAAUUAACUUGAAAGGUAUGGCUAUUGGCGACGGCCUCUGCGACCCUGUGUCAAUGGUCGAUUACGGGGACUUCUUGUACCAGGUCGGCCUCAUCGAUGACUUGGACCUCAUCUACUUCAAGCAGGAGAGUGCCAAGGCGGUGGACUUUAUUAACCAGCAGGAGUGGAUCAAGGCCUUUGAGGUGUUCGACAGUCUUCUGAAUGGCGACAAAACAGAAGGUCCGUCUUACUUCACCAAUGUGACUGGACUUACCAACUACUUCAACUUCCUAGCACAGGGGGAACCUAAGGACAUGAGUUACUGGGAGCAGUACAUCAACCGACCUGGUGUGCGAAGGGCCAUUCACGUUGGUAAUCUGACAUUCCAUGACGGCUCUGAGGUGGAGACUCACCUCUUGGAGGACAUCAUGAAGAGUGUGAAGCCUUGGAUUGAAGAGUUGUUGGAUAACUAUAACGUGCUGAUAUACAAUGGGCAACUGGACAUCAUCAUAGCCUACACCCUGACCGAGAACUUCCUUAAGACCCUUAAGUGGGAACGUAGUGAGGAGUUCAAGAGCUCGCAGCGGUACAUAUGGCGUGUGGACGAUGAUGUGGCUGGGUAUGUGCGAGAAAUCCCUGGGUUCGUUCAGGUGAUGAUCCGGAAUGCAGGUCACAUGGUCCCAUAUGACCAGCCCAAGUGGGCGUAUGACAUGAUCAGUCGCUUCACAUCAGUUAAGUCCUUCUCAGAAGCUUAAGGGUUGUUUUGGAUGUGCGUGGCUAGCUGGGUGAAAUUGCUUGGUCUGAUUUAGCAGUAUGUGUGGAAAAGACAAUUGAUUUUUUCCAUACGAUGAGGUCAAGGUGAGGAAGGCUCAUAGAAAGUCUUUCAUUAAAUAUAAUGGACAUAUAAGUUGUCUUUUGAGAAAGUUUCAUGGAGGAGGCAUAGAUUUAGUCAUACUUCAGAGGUUGUAUUAAUACAUAGCGUGCACUGUGAUAUUUAACAGUGAUUUUCUCCCUUUUUAUAGCAUUUGUCUGCUAUAUGACAGUAUGCUCAGAGGGUAUUCACAUGACAGGAAAUACGUAAAGAUAUAUUCCAUGUAAACAUUUUUGUUUGUCAACAGGGUCACCAGAGAUUCUAUAAAGCUAGUAUUAUAAAGUAAGGUAAUAAAUAUUGCAUUUUAAUAUACAUGAAAUGGGAAAUUAAUAUUUCUUUCAUUCACAGUUUUUACAUGCUUCUUAGUUGCAGAAAAUACAAUGGAUUAGAGAAAUAAAAAAAAUCCUGUAUCAUGUAAAUUUAGGAUCUGAAGAUUUAUUUAGAGAUAGUAUAUACUGACUAUAUUGACAUAGAUAAUACUCAUUAACAAAAUGACAUUUUAAUUUCACUCUGAAUUUUAGUAAUGAUAAAACAGAGAAGUAUGUUUUUAAUCAGUAUUCAGAGAAAUUUUGUCUUAUUUUUUGUAGGAAGCAAAAGUAUGAAUAAAAUCAUUUUUGAUUAAAGAUAAUGUGUUUUUCUGACCAAAACAAAUGUUCUUUCAUAUCCUUGUCAAUAGAAACGCACCAAUCUUGGCUACGUUAUUAAGUGGGUAAGAAAGAAGAUUUAUAAUGUAGCUUCCAAGAUUACUGGUCGUUUCAUAAGACUGGAACUAAGAUAAGGAUUUGAGUCCAUGUGGAAUAUUGUUGCCUUUGUCAAGAUCUUGAUACACAUUAACAGGUAAUUUCAGUGAUUUGAUUUUUCCAGACUUCAGGUUUCAGUAUUCUUAUAACACAUUAUUUGUUUGUUUGUUUUCUUUUCCCUUUUCUUUAUCCCAUAGUUCAUAUAUCAUUUAGUUUAAUUUUCAUGUGAUAGAAAAACUGCUCAUAUUUAUCAGUGAUUCCAGUUUUUAGUGUUACUAGACAAUUUGGAUCUACUUUUUUAUGUUUAUAUAUGAUUUUAUACGUGUAUCUUGUAGAGGAUAUGAUUGAGAGAGAGGAGGAGAAAGAGAGAAAGGAGAGAAAGAAGGAGAAGGAGAAGAGUGAGGGUGAAAGUGAAGAUGCCAGAAGACCAGUAGAAAGAGGGAUGAUGUAAAUGCUGGUAGACGAGGUUUGUGUAAAUCUUUAUAUUUAUGAUAAAAAGGGAUCCGAUUAAUUCAGAAAAUUUGUGUAUCAUUUAUUUAAAGUACGAGCAUUACAAUAGAAUUUCUAAAAAUAAAUUUUAAAGUGUUUUGGUUGUCGAUAACUGAUUUAUGUCCUGGUAGUGUCAUGUUAGAGCACUUUUUGUGAUAAUUUACAUUUUGAUUAACCAUGUAUGAAAAAAUACGGGCCAAUAUUAUAUACAAAAUGCACAAAAAUGUAUAUGGCAGAGCGUGAAUGGAAAAAAAAUGUUUUUAUCCUAUCCAAAAAAAAGAAAAUAAUUCAAAUGCUCAACAAAAGUAAACAAAGACACAACACAGUCUCCUUUUUUGGACAUGACGCCCAUUUUCUCUUGUGUUACAUUCGUUUACAUAAAACCAAGAUCUGAAACCCAGUUACUUUUUUUCUGGUGACAUAUCAGUGCUUUGCAUCCCCAUCCCCGAGCGGAAAUCAGCGUCAAGGGAAACCGAGCCAACAACCGACAAGUCAUCUUUAUCUUCGGAAGUAACAAAGUUCCAGAUCUCGUCGCAGUCUUAGUCUCCGGCCGCGUCCAAGUUGCAGAAAAGAUGUCUCUUGAAAAAGAUGACUUCUUCACUUCGUCACUCACUUCGUAGAACUUUUUUUUUUUUUUGAGAGAGAGAAAAAAAUGUUGCCCGUAGUACGCCUUUGACGUCAGCAGUCAGUCGAAGCCAGAUAUCGCCAUUACAAAAAACAAAAAAACAAAAAAACUUUGUCUUCUUAUCUACUUGAUUAUGUA